GGUAUCAGAUAGUCGAGGUUUUUGAAAGGGAACGAACAUAACAGGCUUUUUAAAAUCAGUUAAGUUUACCUCCUAAUAUUUAAAUCUAUAUAGUUUCUAAAUUUUAGGAGUUUAUAGUUUAAUGAUGUACAACAGCAGACCCACGACUAUUAGCCUUGAGGAAGCAGUUCAAUAUAUUUAUCAGUAUCCUCUGCUUCCGACUCCACUGAUUGAUUAUGGAUUUAUCCACAAUCUGGUUUGCAAGAAACCUCGGGAUGUCAGUGUACCAUUGAUCCUAGAAAUUGAGUCGGAAUUCAAGUCCAAGGAUAGUGCUCCUGAGAAGCCAAAGAAGGUGCCCAGGCUGUCAUACCAUUCCCGAUCGAGUUCUAUGAGUGAAGAUGAACCGGAACCGGAAGUGCAAAUUAAAUACCGAUGGAACUCGCCGCGGCUGAUGAUUCUCUGCGAAGAUGGAGACAUCAAUUGCGCUGUGCACUAUCUGGUUGAGUCCCUACACGAUCCUUUUGCCUGCAAUGCGGUGGCCACUCUUUUCUUGCAGGAAUCCAUUCUGGAGGAGUUCGUGGAUCGAAUGGAGGAUCGCAUGGAACCGUUGAGCGCGGUUAUCUCUGAGCAUCCGGUUUAUGUAAAGACACUGGAGCGACUUAAUCAGUUACAGGCGGAAACAAUAGUGGGAAAUCCUAAGACGGUUCCUGGUAAUGCUAGUCCCCUGCUGGUUUACGACCUGACCCAUCGUUACUUGGCCGAUGGACCCACUGGUGUCAUAACCCUGCACACCUUUCGCACCAUGAAGGAUGUCGUUGAGCUGCAGGCUAAGGAGCCACUUACUUUUACCUCCGUCUGCAUUUGGAACGAAAAACUGGCAGCCGCCUACGAACUGGUGGCCCGAUUCAGUCCGCUGAUCUUUACGAUUAAUUGUUACUACGUAAAUCUAAACGAAAUCAGCCUGCCCUUCAUUUGCAACUUUAACUCCGCAAAGAUCAUCGACGGCUACCACUACGAGUCGUUGACCUUUCAGGGAAAGCGCAAAGUGGUUGUCCAUCCCGUUGGCACCAUCUGGGCAAAGUUGUACCGCGACUCACUCGUCCGGUACUGAUCUCUCCCAUUGGGGAAUUUAAAUUAUUAGUGAUUGAUAUUGAUAUGGGGGCACUGACUAAUUGACUUUCUGGUUGGGCAACUAAAUCAUCUAUUUAAUUGCUUCCAAACGUUUUACGGGGAAACUUAACAGGCCUUUGCCCGAGCAUGAAAUGAGUAACUGUAGUGCGAUAUUAAAAAUUCUUUCUACGAAAUAA